AUUCAUUGUGUAGAUAUGGCAGCCGCAGGCGCAGCGCCGUACUUCGCGCCGUUUGACCGGCGCGUUGCGAAAUUCAACGGCCCACCCUCUUCGCCGUCUGAUCUCACGGUUAGAGAGUUUAUUCGAGAGAUGAGAUCGGUUUUCAGGCUAUGUAAUGUACAGGACGAUGCUCAGAUCCGUAGUGACAUUGUCAUGCGUCAGUUAGGGGGGAUUGCAAAGAGGGAGAUCCAGCAACUCCCUCUGGAGGAUAGGAACGAUGUGGAGCGAUUGUUCACAGCUCUGAUGAAUAGCUAUGAUGACAGGACAAGUCACAGCGACUAUUUAGGGCAGUUUUACGGCCGGGACCAGAGAAGGGGGGAAAGCAUCAGGGACUUCACCAUAGCACUGCAAGAGUUGUUAAACAAAGCGGAGGAAAGGGCUCCGGUCGUGGCCGGACCCGCAGUUCAGGGCGCAGCCGCCGCGGCGGCCGAGGUUAGAGAUAGAACCUUAAGAGACAGACUGGUCGACGGUCUUAGGGAUGACUCAGUGAGGCGCCAGUUGAAGAGAGAAAUACAGAACAAUCAUGCCAUGACGCAUCAGCAGGCCAAGGAAGCUGCUAUGCAACUAACGGGGGAGUGGGAGGCCAGGAGACAAGGGUCCGCCCAAGUUCAGGCCACGGCCUGGGAGGAGGGGCCGAGCCCUCAAACCGGUAGUAAUAGCUAUAACACUAGUCGGGUCGAACAGUUGUUGGAACGGACCCUGGAAAUGCUCACCAUCAAUCUUCAAAUGAAUCAGUCACGCGACCAGCCCCGCAGACAGAGUCAAAAUAAUAGUUGUUAUAACUGCGGGAAGGAGGGGCAUUAUGCGAGAGAUUGUCAGGCCAACAGCGUCUGUUAUAACUGUGGGGAAGAGGGUCACAUGGCUCGUGGAUGUCUGAGAAGGCCCAAGGCCAGGGGGGAUAACCGCCGCAAGUCUGACGAGUGUUAUAGGUGUGGUGAGCCGGGCCACGUAGCAAGAGAUUGCCGUGGAGAAUCACAGACCCCCCGUUCUAGCAUGCCCCCAAACUAGAGCGGUCUGCCCCCGACAGCGGCCCGGGGGUGGAUAGAGUAGAUAAAGCGCUGCCAAGUGAGGAUAAGGUAGAUAGUGGCGGGGUAGGGACCGUUGUCAAGGAUGAAGUAGAAGGAGUAGGAAACACAAAUAGAGCGCAAAAGGUACACAUAGUAGAAUCCGGUGAUAGAGUAGAAAGCCUUAGAGAUAGGACAAUAGGAUCUUCGGAUCAUGUCGUAAUUAAGUUUGAUGGAGUAGACAUCCCUUGUCUGUUAGAUACAGGAUCGCAGGUAACUACCAUACCGGAAUCCAUGUAUCGUCAAUAUUUUGGGGAGGAGGGUCCCACCCCCAAGAAUGCGGAUUCUUGGAUUAAGCUAACCGCCGCCAAUGGGGAGGAUAUCCCAUUGGUGGGAUACAUAGAGAUGGAUGUGACAGUUUUUGCCAAGACUCUGCCCGCCAGGGGCAUCAUUAUUACGAAGGAUCAAGGGAAAGCCGUCCCUGCCAUUGUGGGCAUGAAUGUAAUUGGGCCCUGUAGAAAUGAACUGUUUACGGAAUUCGGGAGGGGGUAUUCUUCAAACAUAGCAGCAGAGGGGGGGAAACAAUGGCAACGAGCUUUUAAAACACACGAGCAUCAUCUGAGAUCAGAUACACCCUCAGGAAGGGUUGGCUAUGUCCGGGCACCUUGUAGAAAUAAGAUAAGGAUACCAGCCAGGGAGGAAAUGAUUGUAUAUUGCAAUGUCAGGGGUACCAAAUUCCCUUACUCGGCGCUUGUAGAGCCCACAACAGGCACUAAUCUAAACUCUGCUUUGAUAGUGGCACGAUCUUAUGUAACUGUGAGACAAGGAAAGGUCCCGGUAAGAAUUGCAAAUCUGUCCAAACAGGACGUAGAGAUCUCCUAUAACACUAUAGUGGCCGAGCUAUGUCUUGUUGACUUCGUGCCCCCAUUGGAAGAUGAAAUACUGUUUGAAAGAGAGAGUGUCGACACUGUUAAAGUCUGUUUCCAGCGUGGGUCUGUCAAUGUGAUUGAGACAGAUGAACCAACGGGUCCAAAGAGUUGGUUUCCCGAAGAGCUUGACUUGUCGCAAGCGGAUAUCUCUGACGACGAGAAACAGAGGUUAGGGGCAAUGUUAGCCAAACACAAGAAUGCCUUCUCCACAGGACCCUUUGAUGUGGGCCGCACGACAGUGCUAGAGCAUAAUAUCCCCACAGGCGACGCGGCUCCUAUCCGGGAACCGUACAGGAGAAUACCCCCUACCCUGUACCAAGAUGUUAGAGAUCAGAUCCAGAAGCUGCAGGACAAUAAUAUAAUAAGGGAGAGCACAUCCCCGUGGGGGGCAGGGCUGGUUCUAGUUAAGAAGAAGGAUGGGUCAAUCAGGUUAUGUGUUGAUUACCGCAAAUUAAACGCAGUGACCCACAAGCAGACCUUCCCAUUACCACGUGUGGAGGAGUCCCUCGAAGCCCUAGGAAAUGCAAAGAUGUUCAGUUCCUUAGAUCUGGCUUCAGGAUUCUGGCAAAUACCCU